UGUUUCUUGCAUUACAACAGACAUCGUCGUCUUGUUCACUCUUCACGUUACUACGAGUAAAAUUGACCUUGAUUUGUUGUAAAAUAAUAUAAAAAUGUUUAACAAUAGCAAUAUUGUAUACGGUGAUCAAACAGUGAAAGUUCCAGCCCAUUUGAAUUUCGGGAAAUUCAUGCUGGAUAGUUUACGCCUGUACAGAAAUGAAAUAGCUCUGGAAAACGCAGAUACUCAUGAGGUCUUGACAUACGAGCAGCUUACUCAAUAUGCUGUAGGCCUGUCAUGCGCUCUGAAGAAAUUGGGGGUCGGUUUAGGAAAUACCGUCGCCUUGGGGUCGGAGAAACGUUUAGAAUUCAUACCUACGGCCUUAGCGAUCGUUUUCACGGGAGCUACUUACACUCCAUACGACUUGAAGAGUGGCAGCGCAAUACUCAAACACAAAUUGAGUAUCACGAAGCCGAAAUAUUUUGUUUGCACCAGUUUAUUUUGGAACACAUACGGGGAUUUGCUGAAAACUUUUGACUGCAUAAAACAUUACAUAACUUUGGAUGAAAAAACAGAUAGUCUAAUUUCUGUGAAAAGCAUUUUGUCACAUGUAAAUGUGAAUAAUUUUGAACCAGCAAAGGUUAAAGGGCAAAGCGAUGUUGCAUUUAUUUUGUACUCAUCUGGCACGACUGGCAUGCCAAAAGGUGUCCAAUUGACACAUUUGAACUGUAUAUUAAACAGUCUACCUCACGAUUUCAAAGAUAGCUCAUUAGCAACAGGAUUCAUUUACGGGGAAUGGUAUCAUAAUUAUGACACUUUCAUGACGUAUAAAUUCCUUUUGGCCGGUCGGAAAAUGGUUUACAUUAACGAACCGACGCUCGAGGGCUUUCUCAAAUGUGUCGACGAAUGCAAGAUAAAUGUAGCAAUGAUAGUACCCUCAUUAGUCGGAUUCUGUUCGAAAGCUGAAGACUUGAGCCGAUACAACCUUGAUUCACUCAAAAUUAUUUACUCACGAUCGUCGCCUCUUCAUAAUAAAACGAUAGAAAAUGUUAAAAUACGAUUCCCUAAUCUUCAGAAUGUUCUACAAGGCUACGGAAUGACUGAAUGUGGCGAACCCACUUCUGAAAGCUGGGGUACAAAAGGACCUAAGCCAGGUAGUGUCGGGAUGGCCUCUCCUGGCCUUAUCAUAAAAAUCGUCGAUCCGCAAACCAAUAAAAUACUUGGACCGAACACACAAGGUGAAAUACGCGUCACUGGGCCAGUUUUUAUGAAAGGCUACAUAGGAAUCGACCCGUCGACAUAUUUGGAUGAGCAGGAAUUCUUCAAAACGGGCGACCUCGGCUAUUAUGAUAACGACAAAUAUUUCUACAUCGUAGACAGGAUGAAAGAAAUUAUUGUAUACGACGGAUAUAAGGUUGCACCACUAGAGCUUGAGUCGAUCCUACUGGCGCACCCGAAAGUUCGGGAAGCUGCAGUAGUGGGGAAGAUAGUCCCGGAUUACGGGGAAGAACCCACGGCCUUUGUCGUGAAGGAGCCGGGGGUCCAAGUCACAGAGAAGGAACUCGUGGACUAUGUGGCUUCUGAGGUCAGUCCCUACAUGCAGCUUCGCGGAGGCGUGAGAUUCAUCGACAAAAUACCAAGAAACACCAGGGGGAAGGCACUCCGACGCAAUCUCAGGGAAUUAUUGAACGAGAAUAUUAAUUCAUAAUGAAUUGUGUCAUUAAGAAAACAAUUACUAACGCUUAUCAAAACAAUUAUCACUUCAUUAAUUGCCAUUCUUCUUGUUAUUGUUCAUUUAUCUCUCUUUGCAACUACUUAUCAUCAUGGAAGUUGAAUAAACGUAAAAUGUAUCAUAGGUAUUCAAUUAAAGCGAAGAUAUUAUUUAUAAACAAUUAUUAUUAUGUUUCUUGUUUCAAAAAAUAAACUGUUAAAAUGUGAUAAAUAAUACGUUCAGCUCCUUUUACCCACAUUGUAGCUAAAGCUAGUAUUUCUAGCUAUUUGUUAAUUAAUCUUUUCAACUUAUUAUUGUCAGAGAUGAUUAAGGCAAAGAUUUACACAUUCCUAUAAAAAUAUCAAGGACGACUAAAUAGCUCAUACGACUUAAUGUCAGGCGCAUUUUGUCUCAAAAUCUGUCCCCACUCUGCCAUUUGCAUCGGCAAUUUUUUAAAUGAAACUCUUUUAACAUUUAAAUUGACUGGUUCCACCUCAGAGCAAUUUAGCCGUACCUCUUUCUGGAAUAGUCCCUCCGGCCUGUAAUAGGUUUCUUAAAAGGAAAUCGAGUUAAACAGGCGUGAUUGACUUAAUUGUGGCAAAGCUUUAUUUCCCGAGAUUAAAGAAUUCGCUUCGAGGGCUGAAGUAAUCAGAUUAUCCGGACUACAAAAAAAGAUGUGAUGAGUAGAUUAAAAAUUGUUCUAAAACUAACAAAA